AUGCGUGGAAAAGUUCGUGCUGCCACCAAGAAAGCCGCCAAGAAAGCCGCCAAAAAUGUUGUCAAGGGCUUGAAAGCAGUGGUAGAAUUCAUGGGAUCUGCUCCUAUCGUCGUCGGUGGAGUGGUUGAUCACGUUGCACCAGGCCAACCAAGAGCCGCUGCGCCUGCUGCUGCUGGUGGUGGUCCUGCUCCUGUUCCUGUCGAUGGUGGUUCUGCUCCUGUCGGCGGUGCUGCCGCGGGCAUGUAUACUCAACAACAGAUGGCACCUGCGCAACUUUCGGAACUCUACAAUCCAUACCAACCCGCCGCAGCUGGCCCUGCUCCUGUCCGUGCUGCUGUCGCCGGUGCUGCCAAUGGAGUUCCGAAGAUCGAGUUGAUAAAUACAUACUCGACGAUCGACUUGCUUUCUGUGUUCUGGGAGGAAGGAAGUCCGUUUGGACGAGUCUCUGUGCAAUUGGAUAUGGGGGUGGACGGUGGCUUUCGCGGGUUGGUAGAGGAGUAA